UCGUUCCCCAUCUUCGCAAUUUCAUUUCUCCUUGCCUCUCUCCCUCUCGCAGAGAAGCUUAAGCUUUGUUGUAAGCUUGAAGCCAUGGCGUUUAGGGUUCGUAACCCUAAUUUAGUCUCCUUGAUCCUUCUAUCUCUCGUUGCUAUCGCUUCGGCUAAGGUGUUUUUCGAGGAGCGUUUUGAUGACGGAUGGGAGAAUAGGUGGGUUAAAUCUGACUGGAAGAAAGACGAGAGUUUAGCGGGAGAAUGGAACUACACCUCUGGAAAAUGGCACGGAGAUGCUAAUGACAAAGGUAUCCAAACUAGUGAAGAUUACAGAUUCUACGCUAUUUCAGCCGAGUUCCCUGAAUUCAGCAACAAAGAUAACAUUCUUGUUUUCCAAUUUUCCGUCAAGCACGAACAGAAGCUUGAUUGUGGUGGUGGAUACAUGAAGUUAAUGAGUGGUGAGGUUGAUCAGAAGAAAUUCGGUGGUGAAACACCUUACAGCAUCAUGUUUGGCCCUGAUAUCUGUGGCUACAGCACCAAGAAAGUGCAUGCUAUUCUCAACUAUAAUGACACUAAUCACUUGAUCAAGAAGGAAGUUCCCUGUGAGACUGACCAACUUACUCAUGUUUACACCUUCAUCAUUCGUCCCGAUGUAACUUACAGCAUCCUCAUCGAUAAUGUUGAGAAGCAAAAAGGCAGUUUGUACAAUGAUUGGAGCCUCCUCCCUCCAAAGAAGAUCAAGGAUCCCGAAGCCAAGAAACCUGAGGAUUGGGAUGACAAAGAGUACAUUCCUGAUCCAGAAGAUAAGAAGCCAGAGGGCUAUGAUGACAUUGCUAAAGAGAUAACUGAUCCUGAUGCCUCUAAGCCCCAAGACUGGGAUGAUGAGGAAGAUGGUGAAUGGGUGGCCCCAACCAUUCCCAAUCCUGAUUACAAAGGCCCAUGGGAGCCCAAGAAAAUUAAGAACCCUAACUACAAGGGAAAGUGGAAGGCACCAUUGAUUGACAACCCAGACUUUAAGGAUGACCCCGAGCUCUAUGUUUACCCCAAAUUGAAAUAUGUUGGUAUUGAGUUGUGGCAGGUGAAAUCUGGCACCCUGUUUGACAAUGUCUUGAUUACUGACGAUCCGGAAUAUGCAAAGAAUGUCGCCGAAGAAACAUGGGGCAAGCACAAGGAGGUGGAGAAAGCUGCAUUCGAGGAGGCAGAGAAGAAGAGAGAGGAGGAGGAAGCCAAGAGUGAUCCAGUUGAAUCAGAUGCUGAGGACGAAGAUGAAGACAAAUCAGACGAUGCAGAUGACUCUGAUUUGGACGCUGACUUGGACAAAAAGGAUGAUGGAGCCGAGGACAAGGACGACGACAAACAUGAUGAACUAUAAGGAUGGAGGGGAGACAACACAGGAGGUAGAGUUGGGUUGGCAGAAAAUUUUCGCGUUCCACCUUUGCUUUUUGUUUCUUCGUUUUGUAGAUGUAGAAAAGAAACAGUCUUCUUCAUGAAUGACUGAUUUGGUUGAAUUUGAGUUUGAAUUUGAGUUUUGAGUUUGAGCCGUUAGGGAUAGAGAGAAGAAAGAAUAGGACAAUUUGAUUGAUGAAAUCUCAAUGGAAGGGUUCCUUCUUUUCGCAA